AUGGGAGAAUAUCGUCUGUCCGCAGACUAUAACCACCUUGAGGUGGAUCCAUUGCAGUGGACACAAAUGACUUCUCACCAACACGACGCAAAAAUUGAAAAGGUCUUUGGUUAUAUCCUUCCUAGCAGAAGGAGGAAUGAGGCCAUCACUGGAAAAUUGUCCAUUGGCCUUGUAGAAUGCCAGCUCUCAGAUAAAGAUAUAUGGAGGAGGGCGGAAAUCAUACUGUCGCAUUAUAAGAUCAUAGAACUUGCAAAUACAAACUUCUGCGUCACUGAGUUUGACACUAGUUACACAGUAGAAACAAGGAACGAGGAGAUAUCGUGCGACAAGAACUGCAAAUCUUUUCGUGAUGGUGGUGGUUUGUGCCCUCACGUCCUUGCUGUCGCAGAGAAAAUUGAUAAGCUGCGAAGUUUCAUCACCACUUACAAGAAAGCUUCUAACAAAAUGGGAAAGAUUAUCAGCACAAACCUCUCUAAACAGCUUGGGGGAAAGCCGAAUCAACGACCAAGACAAAGAAGAGGGAAAAAUAACGUAAACCAGGUGCCAGUCGUGUCAGAAGAAGACCCCUAUGACGUUAUGGUGCCGAAGCCCAUGAGGUACAUCGAAUACUACCAGAAUGACGAGCCCUUUUAUGUAGUGUUUACUCAUGACUACUCGAAUGCAAUAACAUGCACCGGUUGCACAAAUUAG